AUGAUUAUGAUGAUGAUGAUGGUGAUGGCAAUUCUAAUGGUGCUGCUGUUGCUGAAAAUAAUGAAGAUGAUAAUGAUGAGCAUGAUGAGGCACAUGAGGAAGCUAAGGUAGAGGUGGAAGUGGUAGAAGAGGAGGAAAAGGUGGAAGAGGAUGAACAGGAAGAGGAUGAUGAGGAAUGCGAUAGCAAAGCAGUGGAGGAUCCAACAGAUGAGGAUAGCUCAGCAUCCUUCCUUCAUUCACUUUCAGAUACAUCCAUCAAUGAGGGGCUGGACGAAUCCUUCUGUUUCCAAGACGAUACAGAUGACUCAUUAGAUUCUGCCUCCUAUAAUGGGGAGGAAGAUGAACGUCUUUACAGCACUGAGAGGCAUGCACAAUCACUGGAACCCACACCAGUGGAUGCACUUGAUCUAACUGGAAUCCAAACAGAACCUGAACUGGGGUCUACUAUUAAAACAGGUCAAACUGAACCUAUGCACACACAACCGAGCACAGACAAACUUGUGGAUCAUCCCCAAACCACCUGUCUUUCUGAAGCCAUUGUUAGCCAUCCACAAGAAAACAAUACAGACCCAGAACCUCUGGAUGACCCUCCAUGCCCUGAAUCCCAGUCCGGCCCUGAACUGGAAUCUACCAGUGGAUUAGGUCAGACAAAACCUUUGGACAUGCAAGUGAGCACAGACAAACCAAUUGAUCCUUCAGAAGCAAUUUCUGAUGAACCAGAGUCCUCCUGCAAUCUGGAUGAGAAUGGGAGUGAAAGUGAGAUGAUGGAUAUUUCUGGUUCUUCCAACCCUCUUGAGCAGCCCAAAGAUGGCCCUUAUUUUAACCUCUCCACCACUCCUGUUGUCAUUCAUGCUCCACCUGACCCAGCUUCUGAGUUCCACACCUCUCCACCUACUGCUGCUUCUGCACAGGAGAUGGAAGACCUCAAGAGUUCAGGUAUUCUGGAAACAUUGCCUGGAGAAAAUCCCCAGAUAAAAGAUAAUGAUUUGCAAGAGAGCAAUGAUUAUUCGGGGGAGGAACCCACAGAAGAACCAGAAAGAGACUCUUUCAAGUUGCUCAUCAAACCUCGUCAUUAUCAGCCAGAAAGCCACAGGACUGUAGGUGCAAGUAGACGUGUAUUAUCAAAGUCGUUCUCCAACAAAUCAGAUGUGUCUGGAGGGGCAAAGGGCAUAUGUAAGAUGAGUAUUCACAGGGAAUCUGACAUUGAGCUUGACCAAAGGAAUGGGAAUGCUUCAGCUGAGUCGAUGAGUAUGGAGUGCAGUAGCACUGAUUCUGCCACCAAUGACUUGAAUAAAGGUGUUCUUCUUCUUUCCUGUCCCAAAGAACCUAGUCCCAACCCCAGUAAUAUCCCUGUUUCUGCCUCUCCAGAGGUAAUCUCAGAACUUGCUGACAAUCUUGCCCUGACUCCUGACCACUGCCCUGGUGACUCCGCCCAAGAGAAUCUGAGAGAAAACACCCUGACUACUGAUGAGGGGGUGUUGGGAGCUGUGGGAUCCCCACCCUCCCCCCUUGCCAUUUCACCCAAACGGGAAAACUCUGAAACAGACAGCAGGGGUGAAAGCAGCGUUAUGCGUCCAGGAUCUGGGGCAUGGUGUGAUGAAAGAAUGAGGCUGGGGUUUGGUCUAGGAUUGGGAUCAGGGGCUGACUUUGGUGUCUGGGGAGCAGGGGAGUCUCUCUCCCUGUCUCUGGGGAAGGGCUUUGAGUUAGAGGCAGAAGGUCUGCUCAUGUGUGACACAGAGGGCCAAAGCACACAGACGGCUGUGGUUCCCAACAUGAGCAGUGAAGUGUGCGAAAAUUAUGACAAUGUUCUGGGUUCUGUACUGGAUGAAGAAGACAACAACAGUCUGUGUGGAAAAAGGGAUCAGAUGGCAGAUGAAGAAUUGGUAGGAGGAGGAUCUUCUGAGUCCAACUUGGCUUGUUGGAGAUCAAUUGAGGAGAUAUCUGAAGCAGGAGGAGGAGAAGAUGGAAGCUCCAGAUUCCCAGAGGAUGAUGUCAGUAAUCUAAAUCCAGACAAUGAUGGCGAUAACACUUGGAAAAAUUCUAACAAUAACAAUGACUCUGCCUUUAACUCCUUGGAAGAGGCCAUGUGUGGAAGUCUGAAUGCUCUAUCAGAGGAAGUGAGACCCCAAAGUGUGAGUGCCAGUGUUAGAGAGUCUGUGUCUAAUAUUCCACUUGAAGAGAUGCCACCACAAGUUUCGGACACAAUUGCAGAUAAAGGGGAACAAAAAGACAGCUCCAUAAACCAGGCAUCAGACACAACACAGGCAACACCUUCAAAGAACGAUGCAUGUAGCGUCUCAGUGCCAUUAGUUGAAACUCAUGUGGACAAAGUUGUAACAAACCAGCAUCUCAGUUCAACAGAUAAAGCCAAGCCAGGAUGUCACACUGGUCCAGAGUGCCAGACAAUCACUCCAGAGAGUAAUACAGCCUUUUCUUUGCUACACGGAUCCUUUGGUUCCUUUACUCCUAAAUGUAGAUCAAAUGAAUCCAGACCAAGUAGAGCUUGUCAAUAUAAGGUGGAAAAUAUUGGUUCUCAGUUGGAACCAGAGAUAAUGCAGCCUCACUCUGAAAGUCAAAGAAAAGGUGAUGACAGUCUUGUGACUGACAGACUUGUUGAUGAACCAAAGAAUAAAGAUGCCUUUAGAGGACAGCAGCAUGUUGUUUGUAGCUCAGGGGAAGAAGAUGGAGAAGAAAAGGCAAAGGACAAAGCAAAAAAUAGAGAUGAAGAGGAAGAUAAGAACAAAAAGGAAAGAAAAACCUCUCCUGCACAUAAUAGCCCAGAGCACUUUGCAUGUCACACUCCUAAAGGGGAACUUUGCACAGAAAAACCAAUUGCUACUAAGAAAGGGAGGAGAGGGAAGCAGAACAAACACAGGGCAUCCCAGACAAGCAGUCGUGUGGACUCUAGCCCUGAAUCUGCUGAUGAUCCAAAGAAACCUUCUGUUCCAUUGAAUGCCACAGCAGAUGAAUUGUCAAAGGAGGUCUCAGACAGUUCUGCAACUAAGACGAGCAGAAAGGCAGACAACAAAGCUUCAUCAUCAGACUGUCAACAUAGGACAUCUGGGACAGACAAAGAUCAGUCUGGUUCACCGAUGCAGAGGGGCAACAGUCCCAGUCCUGAUGUCAAAAGUCCUAGCCAUGGAUACUGUUAUUCUACCAUUCAUACCCCAGACAACCUAAAUGUUGUGAUGACAGCGAACCAAGAAUUACAUGAGAAACAGGAAGUGCUUGAUAACAGACCACUUUCUGAUAGUCAGAGAGGAAUCACAGUGGAUAUUAAUGACAAUAACAUAGAUACUGGCCACAGCCCACCUAUCCAUGAUACCAUAUCAUACUCCUUAACUCCACUGUCUUCCUCACCAUCUCCUGUUUCCUCUUCCUCCCCUCUACCAUGUGCCUCAACAGAGCCAGAGGAUGAUCUUCCCACACCUGUGCAGGAAUCCCAACCUGUCUACUCAGCCCAGGAACAGCCUUCACUGUCCAUAUGUCACUCUACCCCUACGCUUCGCUCUACCUCCCCCACAACACAGCAAGCCUCAGAUUCCCAAUUUCUUCCUAACAACAACAUCAAAGAGAUGACCAUUGUCCUUUCGACAUCAACUACAUCUACCACAAGUGUUUCUUCACCCUCAUUCUCCACUGCCAUGCCCUUAAGCCUGUCCCAGCCUACCCAGGAGUCAUCUUCUCCUGGAACUGUAGACUCAGCUUGUGUCCCCGACUCUAUUUCCGGUCCCCAGCCUCAGCCCAAUCUCAUCAUCCAGCCUCACAAACAAAUCAAGCAAGGCUGCACGUGGAGCACACAAGACAGGUGCAGAGGUCCCAGUUUGGCCGAGGAGGAGACAGACAGUGAGGAUGAUGAUGGGCUGCCUCGACGUGGUCACAGAUCCCAGGCCAGAGGAGUGGCAGGAAACAGAAAUGGAGCCAUACAGAGAGAGUCUGGUUCAUCCAGUCAGCGGGAAAUACAGCCUUUCUCUGCCCACCAAAUAUCUGACAGACAGUCAGGCUGUCCAAUCAACCACAGCCACAAGAUUGCAGAGGAGCUCGACCUACCCUUCAAAAACAAUUGUUCCAUACUGGCUUCCUGUAAUGAGUCUGAGAGUGAGGGAUCAGUGCCUGAGCUAGAGGAGCCAGAGCCACUGAGACCAUCAGAGCCCCAGUCUAUCUCCUUUGCAGAUGAAGGGCUAAACAGACCGAAACAGAGUCGCAGCGAGAAGAAAGCCCGCAAGGCCAUGUCUAAACUCGGCCUGAAGCCAGUCCAUGGUGUGACCAGAAUCACCAUUAGGAAGUCCAAGAGUAUCUUGUUUGUCAUAAGCAGACCAGAUGUUUUCAAAAGCCCUGCAUCAGACAUUUACAUUGUGUUUGGAGAGGCCAAGAUUGAGGAUCUGUCUCAGCAGGCUCACAAAGCAGCUGCAGAGAAAUUCAAGGUUCCCGUGACCUCGUCUCCCUUGGCCCCACCUGUCCCACCCAGUCUCACCAUCAAAGAGGAGAGUGAAGAAGAGGAAGAAGAGGUUGAUGAGGGAGGUCUCGAGCAGAGAGAUAUCGAGCUGGUGAUGGCUCAAGCCAAUGUGUCACGAGCCAAGGCCGUCCGUGCACUGAAACACAACAAGAAUGACAUUGUGAAUGCUAUCAUGGAGUUGACCAUGUGAGUGGUGAGGAAAACUUGACUCCUGACCCCCUCCUCCAGCCUAUAAAGCCUAAACGCCACUGACUCUUCUGUAUCGCUGCUACUGUAUGUUGCAUCCCCAAUAUCUGCUAAAUAAAGUCUGUUCCAAUGUGGGCUUUGACUGCCUUGUAAGAUUGACUUUACUGAAAAGUUUAAAGAUGUUUAGAUGUAAGUGACACUCACAAACUGCCGCACAACCCUCACAAACUGAUGCACAUCCCUGCAGCUAAUCGCCCCAAUGCUUGAUUUGGUGUGAAUACAGUCUAACUUGUUUUUAAAAUUAUAGGAGGAGCAUAGUCCCUCAAAUUCUGCAAAUACAAGGCUCCUAUUAAAAUUUUUUGUUACUUUUGUUUGUAUCGACCAAAUAACCCCUCACCUUUUCAAAUUGUUUUUGAUCUUUCAGUAAUCAUAAGAUACAUAAAUCUAUGUUGCUUCAAAUGUUUUGACAUGACAGGUGGAUAUGUGAUCCAGAUAAACAAAACCAACAUUCAACACAGAAUUGGAGCCUGCUACCACUCAAACAAACUGACAACAAUAUAUUUUGAAAAAAAUGUUUUUUUAUGCUGAUGUUAAGAGCCAACAGGAAUAUAUAUUUAUUCAAGCAUGCCUAACUGAAAAACACACAGAAGGCUUAUUAUUUAUCCAUAUUCCAAGCUCUUUAUGUGAAAAAGGUUAUUUAUCUGGUCAUGAUAUAUUCUUAUUAGGUAUUUAAAUGUCUGGUGUAUAGGCUUCAGUGGCAUCUAGUGGUGAAGUUGCAGACUAUAAGCUGAUUGCUGCUCAGCAUUUAGAGAACAACACCAGCAGCACCAAGGUGAAAAAGCAAUUGGCCCUAUCGAGAGACAGUGUGUGAUUUGUCUAUUCCGGGCUACCGUGGAAACAAAAUCACAGACUCUGUGAAAGAGGAUCCACUCUGUAUGUAGAUGUAAAUGGCUCAAUUCAAGGUAACAAAAGAACAACUAUUCUUAUUUUCACCUGGUUAUAAACUAAUAAAAACAUAGUUUUAUAUUUAUAUAUCCCCAUAAAUCCUACACUCUGGACCUUUAAUGUGAAAGACAUACUAUAUCAUCACAUGCUGUUCAUGUGUGGCAAACACCAAGGGCU